GGUAGCUGUCACGUGAUUGAUAAUGGCUAACACUAUUUCGCGAUAGAUUUCAUCCUUUUUUCGGUAUUUACGCAAUUACCAAUUGGCCGAUAAACAGUGCGACGUCCGGGAAGUGACUCUGCGAAGGAUUUCGUAAAGAUUCGGAGGUGGUUGCAGGUCGAUGGUCGGGAAGUUCAAAUUUGGCGGGAAUAUGGCGUUUGCCACAGGUGUACGAAUGGUGUGUUCGAAGUGCGUUUUUUCAUAGACUCCAAGGAUUUGAACUCGUCGGACACGUGCAAUUAGGAUUGUGCGAUAGGAUUGAACGAGGACGCUGGACUGUUGAAGCGAAUCAUUCGACAUCAAAAUGAGCGUGGACGCAUAUGGCCCGAGCUCUCAGACACUCACGUUUCUAGACACUGAGGAGGCUGAUUUGAUAGGCGCUGACACUCAGGGAUCGGACUGCGAAUUCACUGAUUUCACCAUCCCUUCACAGACACAGGCAUCACAGAUUGAUCAUGUUGGGCCCCAGUCAUCAGGAUUGCAGGUCAAUGGUAUUUCUUGUAAAACAUCUACAAGUAUUGGAGCAAAGCUGGGAUCAGUUACUGCAGCUUUGGGGGAGCUGCAAUUUGAAGAGGAAGAUGAAGAAUUCUAUAACAGCAAGGAGUUACCAGACUAUGCAUGCAAAUACUGUGGAAUACAUGAGCCGAACUGCGUGGUUAUGUGCAAUUUGUGCAAGAAAUGGUUUUGCAAUGGUCGCGGAAACACCUCCGGCAGCCAUAUCAUAAACCAUUUGGUGCGUGCCAAGCAUAAAGAGGUUACUUUACACAAGGACGGCCCUCUUGGAGAAACGGUCUUGGAAUGCUACAGCUGCGGUGUUAGGAAUGUAUUUGUCCUAGGCUUUAUCCCAGCUAAGGCCGACUCCGUUGUCGUCCUUUUAUGCAGACAACCAUGCGCUGCCCAGAAUUCAUUAAAGGAUAUGAAUUGGGAGCAGGAGCAGUGGAAGCCUUUGAUUGCGGAUCGCUGCUUCCUCACUUGGUUGGUUAAAAUACCUUCUGAGCAGGAGCAGCUUCGUGCGCGCCAAAUUACCGCGCAACAAAUAAACAAAUUGGAAGAGUUGUGGAAGGAUAACGUAGACGCGACGUUCCAGGAUUUGGAGAAACCUGGCGUAGAUGAGGAACCGCAACAAGUCUUGCUACGGUACGAGGAUGGGUACCAAUAUCAAAACAUCUUUGGUCCCUUGGUUAAACUUGAAGCAGAUUAUGAUAAACGUUUGAAGGAAUCUCAGACGCAAGAGAAUAUCGAUGUGCGUUGGGAUGUUGGUCUGAACAAAAAGACCAUUGCUUAUUUCACAUUGGCAAAAACUGAUGGAGAUAUGAAAUUGAUGCACGGUGAUGAGCUCCGUUUGCGGUAUGUAGGAGAGAUGCACAAGCCGUGGGCUGGCGUUGGCCACGUCAUUAAAGUUCCUGACAACUACGGUGAAGAUAUCGGCAUUGAGCUGAAGAAUAGCCCUGGUGCUCCUACCCAAUGCAGCAGCAAUUUCGUUGUUGAUUUCAUUUGGAAAAGCACUAGUUUUGAUAGGAUGCAACUUGCCCUGCGUAAAUUCGCUGUUGAUGAAUCUUCUGUUUCCGCUUACAUCUACCAUAGGCUCUUGGGCCAUGAAGUUGAAGAAGUGUUGAUGCGCUGCAAACUACCGAAGCACUUCUCCGCACCGAAUUUACCAGAUUUGAAUAGGUCCCAAGUCUACGCAGUCAAGCACGCCUUGCAAAGACCUCUGUCUUUGAUUCAAGGUCCACCUGGAACCGGAAAAACUGUAACUUCAGCUACUAUCGUAUAUCAACUAGUAAAGCAGAACGGCGGUCCAGUAUUGGUGUGUGCACCAAGUAACACUGCUGUCGAUCAACUAACCGAAAAAAUUCAUAGAACGAAUCUUAAGGUGGUUCGUUUGUGCGCUAAAUCGCGCGAGGCCAUUGAUUCUCCAGUCAGUUUCUUGGCAUUGCAUAAUCAAAUCCGCAAAAUGGAAAUCCACAAUGAAUUACAGAAGCUGCAGCAAUUGAAGGACGAGACCGGAGAAUUGAGCUCUGUUGAUGAGAAGCGUUAUAGAGUCCUGAAGAAGUCCUCGGAAAAGGAACUUCUGGAGGCCGCUGACGUAAUCUGCUGCACUUGCGUAGGCGCCGGAGAUCCGCGCCUCACUCGUCUUAAGUUCCACUCCAUUUUAAUUGACGAGAGUAUGCAAGCCACUGAACCGGAAUGCAUGGUACCAGUAGUUUUAGGCGUUAACCAGUUGAUUCUUGUUGGUGAUCAUUGUCAACUGGGUCCAGUUGUAAUGUGUAAGAAGGCGGCACGCGCUGGUCUUUCCCAAAGUUUGUUCGAACGCUUGGUGGUUUUGGGAAUCAGACCUUUUAGAUUGGAAGUGCAAUAUCGUAUGCACCCCGAACUGUCACGAUUCCCGUCCAAUUUCUUCUACGAAGGAAGUCUGCAGAACGGAGUUUGUGCUGACGAGAGGAGACUGACUAAGGUUGAGUUCCCUUGGCCGAUGCCGGAUAGACCAAUGUUCUUCCAUGUUACCCAAGGCCAAGAGGAAAUCGCUGGAUCUGGAACGAGUUAUUUGAAUAGAACAGAAGCUGCUAACGUCGAGAAACUCGCUACCCGAUUCUUGAGAGGUGGAGUAAAGCCCGAACAAAUUGGAGUGAUCACUCCAUACGAAGGCCAAAGGGCUUAUCUCGUGCAACAUAUGCAAUACCAAGGAUCUUUGCAUAGUAAAUUGUACCAAGAAAUUGAGAUUGCUAGUGUGGACGCUUUCCAAGGCAGAGAGAAGGAUAUUAUAAUUAUGUCUUGCGUGCGUUCAAACGAACAUCAGGGCAUUGGAUUUUUAAAUGAUCCCAGGCGACUUAACGUUGCUUUGACAAGAGCCAAGUAUGGCAUUAUAAUUGUUGGAAAUCCGAAAGUUCUUUCCAAGCAACCGCUGUGGAAUCACUUACUGACUUUCUACAAAGAACAAAAGGUGUUAGUCGAAGGUCCGCUGACCAACCUGAAAGAAUCGAUGAUUCAAUUCGCUAAACCAAAGAAAUUAAUUAAUUUAGAAAAUCCUGGAUCCCACUUUAUGACUACCUCCAUGUUCGAUGCCCGCGAGGCAUUGGUACCGGGAUCUGUUUACGAUCGUACAAACGUAGCAAUUAAUGGAGGACAAUACAACUACCCAAGAGGUUCUAUACCUUUGGACAUGUUCAGCAGGACGCACGAUCCGAUUUCAUAUAUUUCGCCGGAAAGGGCACAAGCUGCAAUGAAUAAUUUGCCCGUCCCAGUAGGGAUGUUCAUGAACAUGGCUCACGUUCCGCCUAGGUUCUACAACCAACAUCAACAAGCAAUGCAGGCCAGGCAGACCCAAACCCAGUCCCAGUCUCAUAGAGCUCGCAAACAACCAAAUACUAGGCAGAAGAACAAGGCACUCUCUCAGGAACAGACACAGCCUUUUAGCCAGAGCCUUCAGCUGACUCAGGGCAUGUCUCAACCAGGACUCUCACAACCUGGAUUCAGCCUCUCGCAGGCUGGACUAUCCCAGGCGGAAUUGAGCCAAGAUCCGUACAUGACCGAGUACCAAUCGCAGAUGGAUGGUCUGCUAUCCCAGGAUUCGACGUACCAAGGUGACCGGUCGGCGUUCUAUCAGCCUGGAGCCCAAUUCUCGCAACCUUAUUGAAAUUGAACGAAUGGCGAACCAAAAACAUACAUGUACAUCGCGGGAGCGAUCUAACAGAAUAAAAUUUAGCAAGUGGCCGAUUGUCAAAUUGUCAGUACUCGCAGCACAUAAAAACACAGGUCUAAUGACACGUCGUAUCGGAGAGAGAAAUAAUACCACCCCCAAGCAGCGAUGGCGAACUUAUGUGACGAGAUGUUGAAAAAAAAAAUAUAUUAUAUAACAUAAAUAAUAUAAUAAUAAGAGUUUUGUCUGCACGGGUCUUUGCUUAUAACUAAUUUCGUUUUAAUAUCUCAAUCAUCGAUUCUUUUCGUCGAAAGAUAUGCUCUUCUACACGGAAAGUCCACCCCCAAAGAGUAGUAGACCCUCUCUACACAUCCAAGCUGUGAAUUCUACAUUCAUUAUCAACGUAUUAUUUCUUUAAUUCUCAAAUCGCUUUUAUUCGUUCUCUUUUUUAUGAUGAUUUGUUAUUAUUUAAAAAAAACAACUAUUUUUACCCUUACCAUAAACACUGUUAUACCUGGUUAAUUAAGCGCAUUGCCUUUAACACAGAAAACGGCAACGAUCUAUACGCAGAUGCCAAUGCGAAAAUUCAGCAGCACGAAAAUGUAAUUUCAUUCAGUUAACCAUUUCAUCGUUCUCUUGUUUCAUUUUUUUUUGUUUUUCCUUUUUAAAGAUGAAAACUUUUUGUACCUGGGGUAUUUAGGAGCAAUUUAAUUUCUGGACGCUUUCUGCAACAGCAAUAAAGUCAUUUUUAUUGUA